CGGUGUCAGUCAGUCAGUCAGUCGGAGCAGAUCGGUUACGCACCGGAGUCAUUGAAAGAGGGUAAGAUCGAGCCCGAUAUGAAGUGCUUAUCGUGCCGGGAGGAUUACAACGCGUAUGUUGCCGGAACGUGCAAGGUGUGCUACGAGGAGGCCAGCGAAACCGAGGAGGCGCUCAAGCAAGAGAUCGAAGAUCUCAAGGCCAAAGUCACUUUCCUCCGCUUUUGGUCUCCUCUUGAUCACAACCACCGGAGCACCGCUGUGCCGGGUCUCCCCUAUACUGACGUUGUUUUGCUUGCCUCUGAUGGACCCAAGGAUUUGCCCCCAGUUCCCGUCCCCGCCCAUAAAGCGGUUUUGGUGAGUCGUUCCCCCGUGUUCAAAGCGAUGCUUGAGAAUGAGAUGGAAGAGUCACGAAGCAGCACCAUCAAGAUCAGUGAUGUAUCGUAUGAGGUCCUCCUUGCCUUUAUCAACUACUUGUAUACUGCUGAAGCAACACUUGAUGAGCAAAUGGCGUAUGACCUUGUAGUUUUCGCAGAAAAGUAUCAGGUGAAGCAUCUCAAGGCCUACUGUGAGAAGUUCUUAGUGUCUAAAUUGAACUGGGACAAUUCAGUCAUGAGCUAUGCCUUUGCUCACCAGCAGAAUGCAAAGCUUGUGGGUGAUGCAGCUUUGUCUCUGAUAACAGACAACAUGGACAAGCUUACCAAACGGGAAGAGUAUGUGGAACUCGUGGAAAGGGAUCCUAGACUUGUAGUUGAAAUUUAUGAAGCUUACCUCGCCAAACAGGUUAAUACCGCUGUCCAUAAGGAUUCUUCCAUGAAGCCACAAUCAAAUCCAGUUUCCAUGUUUUAUGGUGGUGAUACUUGUGCCGCUGAGGGUGAGGGUGGCGGUGAGUGAGUCAGGGAUCAUUCUUCAUUUGAUAUGUCAAGAGUUCUUCAUUUGUAGUAUGCAGAGUCGGUGUUUUGGAGCGUCUUUUUCAUCUCAUUUUGUUCAAUCUACUAACCUCCAGCUUCGAUUUUUAGUGAAAACAAGUUUGUAUGGGAUUUAAGAUGCUGUUAAAUAUCUUUACUGUUGGUAGCUGGUAGCAAAAUCUUAUGAGCGUGGUAUUUCUUAAGAUAACAAUAGUUUGUAUGGGAUUUAAGAUUGUGUUAAAUAUCUAUACUGUUGGUAGCUGGUGGCAAAAUCUUAUGAGCGUGAUAUCUCUUGAGAAAACAAGUUUGUAUGGGAUUUAAGAUGGUGUUAAAUAUCUAUACUAUUGGUAGCUGAUAGCAAAAUCUUAUGAGUGUGACAUUUCUUGCAGUCAGAACAAAUUUUUUCCUUGCUUUUGUUUUCAGUGAUCUCUAUGUGCACUGUGCAGUUAGAAAGCAGAUAAAAGUUUUUCGGUUUUCAGCGACUAAAUGUUGUGAAAGUUUGAUGAUCAACUAAUGUCAUGAAAAUUUAAUCCUUAAACAAGGGACUAAAGUCUACAAUUUGAAAUAAUGGAGAAAAGGAAGAUUGGAACAAAAGAAUUUAAGUUAAUUGUACUACAAGCAUCUGCUUGUUAAUAUACAUGUUGCAAUAAGGACAAGAUGGGAACGGAAGAUUACAUUUGAAUGACAAAUGCAAGGAAUUCCUGUUAGCAACUUAGCGUGCCUGACAGCUAUAUGAAGGUGGAUUACAUUUGAACAGUAGGAAUCAGUGGGGCAACUUUCUUGCUGAGAUUUUAGGUAUAUCCAUGAUAUGACUUGCAUUUUACCCGACUAGCUCAUUACAUACGUUUCUCAGAAACCAAUAUUUUCCAGCUGCUAAUUCUUGAAGUUCGCCCAUAGCUGAUACUGAAUCCCGUAUAUAAACAUGUCCACCAGGU